CAGCCUCGGCCGCCGGGCAAGUAGCUCGGAGCGGCCGCUUCCCGGGUACCUCGACGCGGACAGGGGGCGCCGCGCUCCGCUCGCUCCGCGCCCGAGCCAUGCCGGGCAGCCGCGCGUAACCGCCGAGCCCGGCCGCCACCGACACGACCCUGUGCGCCGUCCGCCGCCGAGCCGAGCUUUCGCGCACGCAACUCCCUCUGCCCCCGCCGGCCCCGCGGCACCAUGCCCCGGGAGGCUGCACUCGGGGCCCUGGUGUCACUGCUGCUGCUGCUGCUGCCGCUGCCCCGCGGCGCCGGGGGGCUCGGGGAGCGCCCGGACGUCGCCUGGGACUACUCGGCGUUGGAAGACGAAGAAGGCGCGGAGCAGCAGCUGGAGCAUUACCACGACCCGUGCAAAGCCGCUGUCUUUUGGGGAGACAUUGCCUUAGAUGAAGAUGACUUGAAGUUAUUUCACAUCGACAAAGCCAGAGACUGGACCAAGCAGUCAGUGGAGGAAACAGGACACAGCACAGGUGGGCUUGGAGAGCAGCCAUCUGAGAACUGGCCAAACGCCACAGCCACGAACACCAGCGUCGAGGAAGCUCGAAAGGAUGGCAAGGAGAAUGCCACGCUUCUGCAUAGCCCUGGGACCUCGAAUGCUGCAGCCGAGUCCUCUCCCCGGGUCCGGAGAGCCACAACUUCAAGGACAGAGAGGAUAUGGCCUGGAGGAGUCAUCCCCUACGUCAUCGGAGGGAACUUCACCGGAAGCCAGAGGGCCAUUUUUAAGCAGGCCAUGAGACACUGGGAGAAGCACACCUGUGUGACCUUCAUAGAAAGGACCGAUGAGGAAAGCUUCAUUGUGUUCAGUUACAGGACCUGUGGCUGUUGCUCCUAUGUCGGGCGCCGAGGAGGAGGUCCACAGGCCAUAUCGAUCGGGAAAAACUGUGACAAGUUCGGCAUUGUGGCUCAUGAGCUGGGCCACGUGGUUGGGUUUUGGCAUGAACACACGCGGCCAGACAGAGACCAACAUGUCACCAUCAUCAGAGAAAACAUCCAGCCAGGUCAGGAGUAUAAUUUCUUAAAAAUGGAAGCUGGGGAAGUGAGCUCUCUGGGAGAGACAUACGACUUUGACAGCAUCAUGCACUACGCCCGGAACACCUUCUCAAGAGGAGUUUUCUUAGACACCAUCCUCCCCCGUCGCGAUGACAAUGGCGUCAGGCCAACCAUUGGCCAGCGUGUGCGGCUCAGUCAGGGAGACAUAGCUCAAGCCAGGAAGCUGUACAAAUGCCCAGCGUGUGGGGAGACCCUGCAGGACACAACAGGAAACUUUUCCGCACCUGGUUUCCCAAACGGCUACCCUUCCUACUCCCACUGCGUCUGGAGGAUCUCAGUCACCCCGGGGGAGAAGAUCGUCUUAAACUUCACAUCCAUGGAUUUGUUUAAAAGCCGCCUGUGCUGGUACGAUUACGUGGAGGUCCGGGACGGUUAUUGGAGAAAAGCCCCCCUGUUGGGCAGGUUUUGUGGCGACAAUGUCCCGGAGCCCCUGACCUCCACGGCCAGCCGGCUCUGGGUGGAGUUCCGCAGCAGCAGCAACAGCCUGGGCAAGGGCUUCUUCGCGGUGUACGAAGCUACCUGUGGCGGAGACAUUAACAAAGAUGCGGGGCAGAUUCAAUCUCCCAACUACCCGGAUGACUACAGACCUUCCAAGGAAUGUGUUUGGAGGAUUUCGGUUUCGGAGGGGUUUCACGUGGGACUUACCUUCCAAGCUUUUGAGAUCGAAAGGCACGACAGCUGUGCAUAUGACUACCUGGAAAUCCGAGAUGGCCCCACGGAAGAGAGUGCCCUGAUUGGCCACUUCUGUGGCUAUGAGAAGCCGGAGGAUGUGAAGUCGAGCUCCAACAGGCUGUGGAUGAAGUUUGUGUCUGAUGGCUCUAUCAAUAAAGCAGGCUUUGCAGCCAAUUUUUUCAAGGAGGUGGAUGAGUGUUCCUGGCCAGACCGCGGCGGCUGUGAGCAUCGCUGUGUGAACACACUGGGCAGCUACAGGUGCACCUGUGACCCGGGCUACGAGCUGGCUGCCGAUAAGAAGAUGUGUGAAGUGGCCUGUGGCGGUUUCAUUACCAAGCUGAAUGGAACCAUCACCAGCCCUGGGUGGCCAAAGGAGUAUCCCACGAACAAAAACUGUGUCUGGCAGGUGGUGGCCCCCGUUCAGUACCGGAUCUCCCUUCAGUUUGAAGUGUUCGAACUGGAAGGCAACGACGUCUGCAAAUAUGACUUCGUGGAGGUGCGCAGCGGCCUGUCCCCCGACGCCAGCCUGCACGGCAGGUUCUGUGGCACCGAGACGCCCGAGGUCAUCACCUCGCAGAGCAACAACAUGCGCGUGGAGUUCAAGUCCGACAACACCGUCUCCAAACGCGGCUUCAGGGCCCGCUUCUUCUCAGACAAGGAUGAGUGUGCCGAGGACAACGGUGGGUGUCAGCAUGAGUGCGUCAACACGUUCGGGAGCUACCUGUGCCACUGCAGGAAUGGCUACCGGCUCCACGACAACGGGCGCGACUGUAAAGAGGCUGGCUGUGCACACAAGAUCAGCAGUGCAGAGGGGACCCUGGUGAGCCCCAACUGGCCUGACAAAUAUCCCAGCCGGAGGGAGUGUACCUGGAACAUCUCUUCCACCGCGGGCCACAGGGUGAAACUCGCCUUUAAUGAGUUUGAGAUCGAGCAGCACCAGGAAUGUGCCUAUGACCACCUGGAAAUGUAUGACGGGCCCGACAGCCUGGCCCCCAUCCUGGGCCGUUUCUGCGGCAGCAAGAAACCAGACCCCAUGGUGGCUUCGGGCAGCAGCCUGUUUCUCAAGUUUUAUUCGGACGCCUCGGUGCAGAGGAAAGGCUUCCAGGCGGUGCACAGCACAGAGUGCGGGGGCAGGCUGAAGGCUGAAGUGCAGACCAAAGAGCUCUAUUCCCAUGCCCAGUUUGGGGACAACAACUACCCGAGCCAGGCCCGCUGCGACUGGGUGAUCGUGGCAGAGGACGGCUACGGAGUGGAGCUCAUCUUCCGGACCUUUGAGGUGGAGGAGGAGGCCGAAUGCGGCUAUGACUACAUGGAAGCCUUUGACGGCUACGACAGCUCGGCGCCCAGGCUCGGCCGCUUCUGCGGCUCUGGGCCAUUAGAAGAAAUCUACUCUGCAGGGGAUUCCCUAAUGAUUCGAUUCCACACAGACGACACCAUCAACAAGAAAGGCUUCCAUGCUCGGUACACCAGCACCAAGUUCCAGGACGCCCUGCACAUGAGGAAAUAAUGCUAAUGACCUUGAAAGACAGGAGCUGAGAAUGUUUUUUACACCAAUAGCACCUUGCAAAACUGCCCUAAAUCAGUGUACAGUAUUUUUCUCAAACAAAAACUCAAAAGCCAGUCUUGGAGGUAUAUAUUUGGUUGAAAGUACAUGAAAGUUUGGCCAACAAGGAGGAGAGAAUGUUCUUUUGAUUCUGGCUAUAACGCUAUCAGUCACGGACUUUCAAGAAGAUUAAAGUUUGAAGUCACUGACCAUUCAAGCUCUGCUUGUUUGUACACGUUCUUCUUGUCCCUUGCUUCUACGGGACAGAGGCCCAGUGCUGGGGUUGGUCCUUCCUCUAAUCUGGACAGGCUUCCAUGGGUGCCCGGCACUGUGACCACGUCCUGGGGACUCAGGCUGUCUUCUGUCUAGUUGGUCUCUGAGGAUGAAAGCUUGGCCGUGGCUGAUUUGUGACUCAGAGCUUUGGCUAGAAUCUUUUGCUUUCUCUCUGCCAGGGACAUGUCAAGCAGAAAACCUGAGAGAUGUCAGGACUGAAAAAGGCAUCGCAGUAAGCAGUGUGCACAGAGGGAGCUUUGAGUAUGAGAUCAUUGUCAUGAAAUUACGAGACCUCAAAGCCAUUUCUCUGCAUCAUUGGCUCUCCUUGCUCCUUUAGGGUUCCUCAUCCCUAAUUGCAUGGGGGGGGUGGCGGGGGCAAAGGCAGCCACUCUGAAUUCAGGAGACCAUUUGCUGGUAGGAGUCCCAUUUGCUGAGAAGAAAACAACCUGGCUUAUCCUGAUAUUUCUUCGCUCGCUGACUCUACCUGUGCUUGGGAUUCCACAGGCUUCCAAGAACAUUUCUCCCUCCAGCUUUGGAGCCAUUUGCCGUGGUGAACUCCUUGACAACCAAUUGAAACUGCAUUUGCCAGAUGUGCAAAGACAUCUCAUGAAGGACCAGUUAAGGUCCCUUGUGGGGUGAACACUGUUGAAGACUGGUUACUUAUAAGUUAUGUAAGAAUCAUCACUUUGUGGGACAAGUCGACCUGUGACUGGCUUCCUGUAACUAGCUGGGUGAAAGAGUGCAUUGGUAACUUUUGCUCAGAUUAACUAGUAUUCAACUGCCAACUUGCAAUCAGAAUUCACAACACUUGGCACUUGUUCUAGAGAAGUGUAGAAGAUGAUGUUUACAUAAUUUUAGCACCUCAAGGUAUAAUUUAAACAGCGAGGUAGUUUUGAAUGGCAUUUCAUUAAGGCAUCUAUGGGCAUUAUGAGCUAAAAGCUGUGGUAUGUUAGCUUUAAAAGAGUAUUUAUGUUGGAAUAAUUUUAAAAUAAUGUUUACAUAACCGUAAGUCCUGUUGGGUUGGUGUUGAACACAGGGCGGCACGUGAGUGUUUUUGGUCAGAGCCAAGAUAGCUCCCAAGCACCAGGAUUCCUUUGGGAUGAAUCAACAUCAUUUUAAACAAAGCAUUUGUAAAAGGUUAGAAGUUAUAUUUUUCAAAGAUCAGAAUAUGCCACCAGAGGACUUUAUCUAAUUAAAAUGAUUGUUGGGAGCAAAAACUAGAAUAAUACAAAGAAAGGUCAAAAAAAAUUCAUGGAAAUAUUUUUCCUUAAAACAGAAAAAAAUUAAAGUAUUAUAAUUAAUAAUAAUAUAU